CAAACCAGUUCUGUUUGUGAGGAAGUGAAACUCAGACAGUCGUCGUUACCGAGAGGUGAAAUGGCGCAGCAAAGAAAUGAGCUGCAGCGAGAGCGAUUCUGCUGUUCCAUCUGUUUGGAUCUUCUGAAGGAUCCAGGGACUCUUCUCUGUGGACACAGCUACUGUAUGAACUGUAUCAAAAGCCACUGGGACAAAGAGGAUGAGAGGAGGAUCUACAGCUGCCCUCAGUGUAGAAAGAUCUUCACACCGAGGCCUGAACUGAUGAAAAGCACCAUGUUAGCAGAUUUAGUGGAGGAGCUGAAGAAGACUGGACUCCACGCUGCUCCUGCUGAUCACUGCUAUGCUGGAGCUGAAGAUGUGGCCUGUGAUUUCUGCACUGGGAGGAAACAUAAAGCUCUCAAGUCCUGUUUGGUUUGUUUGGCCUCUUUCUGUGAGGAACAUCUCCAGCCUCAUCAUCAAUCACCUGCAUUUAAGAAACACAAGCUGGUAGAGCCGUCCAAGAACCUCCAGGAGAACAUCUGCCCUCGUCACGAUGAGGUGAUGAAGAUGUUCUGCCGCACUGAUCAGCAGUGUAUCUGUUAUCUCUGCUCUGUGGACGAACAUAAAGACCACGACAUGGUCUCAGCUGCAGCAGAGAGGACGCAGAAGCAGAGAGAGCUGGAUCUGAGUCGAGAAGAAAUCCAGCAGAGAGUCCAGGACAUAGACAGAGACGUGAAGGUGCUUCAACAGGAGGUGGAGGCUCUCACUCUCUCUGCUGAUAAAGCCGUGAAGGACAUUGAGAAGACAUUCACUGAGAUGAUGCUUCUCCUGCAGAAAAGAAGCUCUGACGUGAAGCAGCAGAUCAGAUCCCAGCAGGAAACUGAAGUGAGUCGAGUCAAAGAUCUUCAGGAGAAGCUUCAGCAGGAGCUCACUGACCUGAACAAGAGAGAAGCUGAACUGAAGCAGCUCUCACUCACACACGACCACAACCAGUUUCUCCUCAACUACCGCUCACUGUCAGCACUCAGUCCAUCGACACACUCGUCCACCAUCGACGUCCGUCCUCUGAGACACUUUGAGAACGUGACAGUGGCUGUGGCAGAGGUCAAAGGUCAAAUACAGGACGUCCUGACCGAGACGUGGACAAACAUCUCACUGGCUGUGACUCGAGUAGAUGUUUUACUGACAGAUCCAGAACCAAAGACCAGAGCUGAAUUCCUCAGAUAUUCACAGGAAAUCACACUGGAUCCAAACACAGCUCACACACAGCUGUUAUUAUCUGAGGGAAACAGGAAAGUGACAUUAAUGUGGAACAAUCAGUCUUAUCCUCGUCCCACAGACAGAUUCACUGAUGUGUAUCAGGUCCUGAGUAAAGAGAGUCUGCAUGGACGCUGUUACUGGGAGGUGGAGCGGAGAGGAGGAGGAGUUUCUGUAGCAGUGACUUACAAGAACAUCAGCAGAUCAGGAAAUGAAAGUAGAUUUGGAUACAAUGACAAAUCUUGGAGUUUAUAUUGUUACCAGAACAGUUGUACGUUUGUUCACAACAGUAUCAACACUGAAGUCUCAGAUGGUUUGUCCUCCAGAGUCGGAGUUUACCUGGACCACAGAGCAGGUCUGUCCUUCUACAGCGUCUCUGACACCAUGACUCUGCUCCACAGAGUCCAGACCACGUUCACUCAGCCUCUCUAUGCUGGAGUCUGGCUUUAUGAUUAUGGAUCCACAGCUGAGUUCUGUAAACUCAAAUAGCCUUGAGUUAUGUAAGAAGUGAGUUAAAGGUGUAGACCACAACUUUCAAAGGUAAACAAAUGUCUUUUGGAUUCAAACCACUGUCAAACUCGCUGAUUAAGUCUGUCAGGUCCACACGACUCUCUCUCUCUCUGUGUUUCUCUGCACCAAAGUCCAUAGAGAAAAUCAGUGAUUUUAACAUCACAGCACACAGGAGUCAUUGAUCCACUGCUGCCUCCAUCACUGAGUUCAAAUGUCUUAUUUUGUCACUUCAGUGUUUGAAAUCCUUUGUUCAGACAUUUGCAAAGUAUCAGAUGCUUUGAAGUGUGGUGAUGAAGAGAGUUUAUGGGAAUAUUUGUGUUCUAAGACGGCUAAAUGUGCUGGAAUUAUGGGUAAAAGUGGGUUUUUCUUCAUUUGUAAAUAUCUACAUAUUAUAUAAUUAUAUAUAUAUUAUAUAUAUAUAUAGUGUAGACUUAUAUUGACAUAUCUCAGUUUUUGUGAAGACGUCUGGGCUAACGCGUACAAGAGCUCAUUACAAAGCAUGUACAUACUGCAAAAAAGAAAAAAGAAAAAAAAAAGAGCAAUGAGGAUAAUAAAUAAGGCUGGAUAUUGUGAUAGUGAAAAUCCGGGCAUCACAGAUUAGGUUUGAAGCUUCCUAAUAACCUUCAAAGGUGUUCCAGGGCCGAGAGGGAAGGUAAAACCUGAGAGACAGAAAAUGUCAAAUGUCCUUGUUUCCGAAUCACUCUUUUUGAAAUAAAGUGUAUUUUCAGUCUGUUUCAGUUCAUAUGCAAACAUAUAGAAGUACUUGUAGAAGUACAUAAUGGUGGAUUUUGAAAUGAUAAGUGUUUGUUAGUUGUUUUUUAGUUCAUUUAAGGGGUUGCCUAUUGCAUGGGUAUAAGUCUAUAUGUAUGUAUAUAUUCUUUUUGGGAGCUGAUGCAACUGUUGUUGCUUUCUGCUCUCGUUUGUUUCUGCUUUAUUGUACUUUUUUUCAUGAGAAAAAUAAAUAAAAGAAA